CAGAGUGGAAGAGACCAGUUCCGGAAGCAUUUAUUCCUGACGUUUCGCCUGCGUCUGUGGCUGGCAUCUCCAGAGAAUGGUGACAUGGAAGACAUUGGAUGAGAAUGCCUGGUCAUCCUGUGAUCUCCUUCAGUGGCCUGGACACAUGCCUUUCGUCUCUGAAACAAUGCCAGUCCUACAUAAUUACUGGAAUGGACAUCACUACAAACGUUGCUCUGGACCUUGUGCAAAAUCACAAUGACAUGGAAGAGGUUAAUGAAAUGGAAAAUGUGAUGUUGGAAUGUGCUGCAAUGAGUAGGGAAGUGAACCACUAUGUCAAAGCAGUUGAAGAGACUGUAAAUCAGAUCAAGAAAGAGAAGCCGGAAAUGAUUCCAGAUUUAAAACUGGUUGUUGAAGAGAAGUUUAAAGCCCUGGAAAGCCUAAACAAUGACCAUGAUUUGCAAAGAAAUGAGAAGUUUGUCCUUUUUAAGGAUCAGCUCAGGAAGAUGAAGGCUCAAUUUAGUGUCCAAUCUGAUCCAGAACAGAUCCCAGAUCUUGAACAGGUUGAUGAGGAUAUUGCAGUGACACAGAGUCAAAUCAACUUCAUCUGCCCCAUCACACAGGAAGAGAUGAGGAAACCAGUCAAGAAUAAAAUCUGUGGUCACACCUAUGAAAAAGAUGCCAUACUAGAACUUAUUCGAACUAAAGAGCAACGUAAGAAGAAAGCCUGCUGCCCCACGGUUGGGUGCAACAACCGCCAAGUCAAGAAAUCUGACCUGGUGCCUGAUGAAGUCCUUAAAAGAACAAUUGACAGUCAGAGUAAACACAGCCAGUCAACACAGUAGAAGUCAGUCAGGGCUCCAGUGGAUGUUGCGACAAAGAAAAUGUGGUGUUAGAAGAGAUGACUUGAGAUAUGUUGCUGAUUGUCAGGUGGUUGUGUAACAGAUGGUUAUUCCAAGUAUUCCAAUUGCAGGCAAAGUUGAAGGUCUGACCUCUCUCUGAAGGUAUCCUCCUUGUUCCUUAGAGACUGACAAGUGUAAGAUCCUUGUUUUCCUUUUCUUUUAAAAUGUUUUGUCCUGCAUUGAAACCCCACAUUUUGUAAAUAAAAAUGAAAGAUCCACUGUAA